AUGGCCACUCCAGUGUUGACGCCAGCGGUCGAAAGCGCAGUCCUUCGCACUUCAAAUUCUCGCAUCUCAAUUUCGUCUUACUACGAAGUGCUCGAUGUGUUUCAAGCGCGCCUUCAUGAUAUUUGGCCGAUCGCCGAUGUUGAGCAUUUGAAAUUCCAACUAAACAACCCAGAUAAUGACCCCGUUUCGCAUGCUCUAGCAGCUGCCUUGUGUGCUGCGACAUUGGCACAACUUCGCCUUUGGCUCACACCAACUCCGUGUCCUGGAGAUUUCUCUGCGACAGCCGACGACUUUGCCAAAGAAUGUCUUCGCAUUCGACUGGAGCACUAUCACCAAGAGCCAUCCCUCGAGGCUCUUGUUACAUCCGUCUUCCUUCACAUGUACUAUGCCAAUCGAGAUCAAAUCACACCGGCUACAAUCUCGCUCCGUGAGGCAAUCACAUACGCAGACCUAAUGCAUCUAUGCCAUACACCCCCAUCUGAUUCAGCACAGUCAAAGCAGUGGCAACUGGAACUUCGAUGUUAUUGGGUCCUAUUUGUAACGGAAAGGUUGGUAUCUCAACUCUCUGUGAAUUUCUGCGAAUUGAUCAAACUUUGA